GUGGCUUCUGGUGCUCUGAAAAUUUUCUGGUUUUUGGUGGAAGAAUUUGGACUUGUUGGAAAGAGUUGGUGUGUUGCGGAUACACGUGAUUGGGAUAAAGUUACAAGUGAUUUGAGGAAUUUGAUAAAGUCCAAGUGAAGAAUGACGAUGGACAUUCGACAGUCCCGGUUGAACGUGAAAAUCAACGGACAUAGUGCACCAAGUGGUGGUUGUGAAAGUGCUGCCGUCGAUAUGGCACAAACCAAGCUGGACGGUUUCCGGACCGGGAAGAACUCAUCUGCUAAGAGAUCCUUCGAUGUGGCGUUCCUGAUGAUGCCGGACGAGAAGCUCAAAACGAAACAGGUCAAGAGAAUCCACUCGCCGACGAUCGACGUCGAGAGUGACUCAACGCAGUCGACCCGUUCGGAAGAUUUGUCAGUGAAAAAUGGAUUCAGCCCAAUCCGUCCCGCUGAGGAGCGUAACUUCAACUUUGACCUGCUCAGCCGUCCUCGACCGCACGACGGAAGUCCUCACCUGAUCCAUGAUCUUACGGCCAACGAACGACUGUCGUACAUGCUUCCCGGAGCUCGAUUCUACGAAAACUCCAGCCUGAUGGCCAUCCGGGAGAAGGCCGCCGGAAACUUCCUCGACGCAGACCUUCCCCGGAGUGCCUUCUCCAAAGUGACCAGCAUCACCGUCUCGGACUCACCAAUCCCACCGCUCAGCCCAGACCAGCAGAGCUGUCCAUCAACGAGUCCCCCGAUCUCCAUCAGUCCCGGAGCCCCCACCGGCUUCCGGUACGACCUACCUUUCGUCAACCUCUCCAACCCAACGGACUUCAGCCGUCAAUCGUCCCCCAAACAAUCCUCCAAACCUCUCCUCUACCGGGGACCUCAAAUGCCGGACCCAGAAUCCAUCCCCCAGGGCUACUUCCCCUCGCCACCCUUCAUGCCGUUCGCCGCCGCGGCCUCCGCAGCCAACGGCCCCGAAAUGGACGGAAUGAUGCGGAACCCGGCGGCCGCCGCCAUCCUCUCGACGCUCCUGCCAACCGCGAUGACCUCGUUCACCCUGUCGGCCCAGAACACCUGUGCCAAGUGCAACAUCAGCUUCCGCAUGACCAGCGACCUGGUGUACCACAUGCGGUCCCACCACAAGAACGAGCACCAGCAGGAUCCGCACCGGAGGAAGCGCGAGGAGAAGCUCAAGUGUCCGGUGUGCAACGAGAGCUUCCGCGAGCGGCACCACCUGACGCGCCACAUGACGGCCCACCAGGACAAGGCGGGCGAUCUGUUGGAUCCGAAGAAGCGGAGCAGUGCGGCGGAACAGAGGGCGCACCAACAGCAGCAGCAGCAGCAUCAUCAUGGGAGAUCGUAAGGUGAAAUUUAAGUGAUGUUGGAAGCCAAUUUUUGAAAACGGAACUAGUCAACCCUAGAGACCCUAAAUAGGGAGACUGGUCUAAGUUUGCUAAAUCGAUCUGGCAACGUAGGUUUUGAGCUUGGCAACACUGAUAAGUUUUGCUGGGCGUAAAGGCAAAUGCUCGUUUGGAUACGUCAAACUCGUGUCUGUUUGGGUACGUCAAAUUCACUUCGACCAGUCUCCCUAUUUAGGAUCUCUA